CUGAAAUUCCAGUUACUUUUGAGAAGGGCAACUCUACAGAAGAGCGGCAAGAAGGAAGGAAUACUGAGGAGAUUGGUUCAAUCCUCAGUCAAGAUAAAGAAUUUUUCAGCUCAGACUACUUCACAAUACUAUUUGAGGAAGCAGUACGAAAGGCAACAGAAGGAAAUGAAAGAAAGGAAAUCGAGGAAUCUGAGGAUAUUCCAUUUGAUUUGCCACCAUUUUUAACACCUCCGAUCAUGCCUUCCCAGCCUAAUGUAUUUGCUGAUUUGACAUUGAAGCUUGGAAUGGUUUCCGAUUCAAAUCCUCCUCCUCAGGCACACGACUUUGAAGAGGAAAUGAGAUUAGAAGCAAUCUUGGCAAACAAAACUUUGACUGAACGUGAUUUGGAGACAAUUUCAGGGGACAACAAAGAUGAAGCUGAAAAACAAGAGCCACCUACAGAAAAAACUGAAGAACCUGAAAAUGUGAGAUCAGAUAUGGAAGGUUUAAUCCAAGGAGCUGAAGAUGGAAAACCAAUGUCUCCAACCGUUAGAACUGAAGACUCCGAGUUUCAGACUAUGGAAGGUUUAAUCAAAGGAGUUGAAGAUGGAAACCCCAUGUCUCCAACUGUUAGAACUGAAGAAUCCGAGUUUAAGACUCCGACUGCCGCUGAGUCGCAGACUGAAAUGGAAACUCCAUCAAUAUUCCUGAACACUCCAAGUGCGGUGUACUCGCAACCAGAAAAUGCACCUACAUCUAUGAACAUAGAUGAGGAAGAUGAUCCAGAUAACGUACAAGUACCUAAACUUGUUAAGAGAAAGAAAAAUGUUCCCCUCAAGUUACUGUCACCCUUCUUAACUCAGUAUUCACACCUACUGGUUGGGGAAGAACAGUUGAAUCAAAAGGAAAAGGACAUGCGAUGCGUACUGGAUUAUGCCUUUGGAAAGGGAAGCCCAACUCAGGUGUUGUACACUGAUGAUUGGAAUAUAGUUACCAGAGAAGAGUUUCAAACCCUAGCUCCCAAUGUGUGGGUGAUGAAUAAUGUUAUUGACACUUUUGCAAGAAUACUGAAUGAUGAUCCAGAUCAAAGUGUCAAGAGUAACUUGAAGUUCUAUUUCUCUACAAUCCCUUUCAAUAUGCUCUGCCAGAAUGAACCGUAUGGUGGAUCACAGGAUAGUCAAGCAACCGAGGGCAAACGCUUAGAAAAUUUUAUUUUAAGUGUAUGCCAUGAGUAUGUAACUGCUGGUGUGAAGUCUUUGAAGGGAUUCCAUCUGUUGUUCUUUCCAGUCUGGUCUGAUGAUCAUUUUUAUCUCAUUGUAAUCAACCAAAAGGCGAAGAAGGUGGAGAUCAUUGACAAUCUCUCCUUACCUGAAGGAAUUACAUAUGAUGAUAAAUAUAAAACAUUUGCAGAAAGAACUUUUGAAGCAUGGACAAUAUUUUGUGAACAAGAAGGACAUCCUUUGCGGAAGGCACAGAUUUCAGCAUAUGAAAUUGUGUUGCUUGAAAUGCCAUGGAAAAACAGAACAAACAAGACUGAUUGUGGGGUAUAUGCAAUGAGGCAUAUGGAGACCUACAAAGGCAACCAGACUUGGAAUUGUGGCUUCAAAAACACAGAUGAAGAUAAAGACUUUAUUUGCAAGCAGAGAAUGCGGUACGGUACUGAAAUCUUAUUAUCCGUUCUGAACAAAAGGCAUGAGCUAACGUAUCUGGCAUUGAAGAGAGCUAAUCAAGUUGAAUAGUUGGUUGUUUUCAUGAAGGCAAAAUAAUAGUUACCUUUUAUUAGAAGUAUGCUUUAAAAAACAAUGGCAUAUUUUGUAGAUGUGGUUAUUGCUGGAGUUAUGGGUUGUUCUUUUAAACAUGUGUGGUGUUCUUUUGGAAACAAUUAGAUGUUCUAGUAGUUGCAGAUAAGUAGUUUGGAUAUUUUAAACAAGUAUUUCAAUUAAAGGUUCAAGUUCU